GUACCUUUGAGGUACUUGAUUGGUUCUCUGCACAUCGGCUUUAAGCUGCUGUGGGAUCCCGUUACAAAACUUAUUGCCAGUCAUGCUGUAGGCCUAGAUAAAAUGGUGUUCUGGGAUCUAUACAGGCUGGUUCUAGAAGAUGCAGCUCAAAAGUGUGAGGAAACUUUGCACCAGGCAGAUUCCUCAGUCAGCACAGAACAGGAUCCAAUGGAGGAAGAUGAUGAUAACAUGAGACAACUUUUUGUGAAGAGCUGUAGAUCACAUGAAAGUCUAGAAAAACCAGACUAUGCCAACUUUAGGUUUUAUCUGUGGAAGUCUAUGCAUCUGUUUCCAGACUUGUGUGAAAAGAAAAAUAGAGAUGUUGUUACUUUGUUGUUGAAAUUUAUGAGCAUGGAGUACUACAAUGUGGAUUUGUCAGCAGCUCCCACUCAGAACUUAAAGAGGCAAGAGACUCAGAUGUCAGAGGAGGAGGAGGAGGAUAUUGAGGAUGAGGAUGAGGAAGAAGAGGAGGACCAUGUAGAAACCAGGGCUCAAAGGAAGAGUAAAGAUAGAAAGAAGGGAAGGAAAGAGAGAAAGUCGGAGUCUAAGUCAGAAAUGGAAGAAGACUUAGUGGAUGAUGAGAAAGGUGUUGAUGAGAGGAAAAGAAAAAGCAAAGAUAAAGGGGGAAAUACAAAGGGUGCUAGGACCAAAAGAAGGGCAGCUACUAGUGCCCUCAUUGUACAUUUGGAACUGUUCAGUAAAUUCUCCAGCCCUAAAUCCUUAUACAGAGAAACGGAAGUCAGACAUUUGUAUGAACAGCUUUUACUGCAUAAAAAUGGCAAAGUACAGAAGGUGGCCUUUAGUUGCAUCAUGACGUACAAACAUAAAUAUUUAGUGCCAUACAGGGAGAAUUUUGAUAACCUGCUGAAUGAUGCUAAGUUUAAGACAGAGAUUGUCCUGUUCAGUAUUGACCAUGAGAACAGCAUAGUGAGUCCAGAACACAGGGACCAGGUGCUGCCUAUCUUAAUGAGGAUAUUAUAUGGGAAGAUGCACAGUAAGACAGGGAAGGACUCAGCAGGGAAGUCCCACAGUCAGUUCAGGAGGUCCAUAGUGUUCAGAUUUCUCAACGGCUGUAGUGGGGAGGAAAUCAUCAAGUUCAUGGACAUGGUGUUUGAGAGCUUCAAACACUUUGUGUCUGAUGAUGCAUUGGCUAUGGUGUGUCAAACAGAAAAAGAAAUUGAUCUAUCCAGAGUGAUCCCACUUAGGAAAAUGAAUGGGGCAUUGAACACAGUGGAUAUGAUUGUGAAGAAGUUGGGCCACCUGAUCGAGGGUUACCUCCCCUCCCUACACUGUGUCCUCCUGGGGUUAACCUCUACCUGUGUGGCCUGUCUAGAGAGGAGGGAGGAGGUAUCCCCCGGGGCCCUCAAACCACUCAAAAACAUCAGGCAGUUGUGUAUCACCCAGAUCAUGCAGUUCUAUGAUGUAUUUGACACCUACAAGUUUUCACCAAAAGAGAUAGAUGCCAUGUUUCAUGUUGCUGUCUGGCCACAGCUACCAAAACUUCAGAAUGAAGGAAUCUACCACCCAACACCCCUUCUUAAACUCCUACACAUGUGUUCAGCAAACAGGAGAUAUUUGACCUUGUUGGCAAAGUGUCAUGAUACUGACCCUGACUUGACACCUAUAAGUGCCAUUUUAAAGCUUCUGAAUGCCAAGGAAGUAAACAAAACUGUGACAGACUUCAUCAUUGAGAUGCUUAACAACCUGUUGUUAGGGGAAAAAGAGGAGGAAAUGGAAACCAUCACUAUGGCAACACCGGUCAAGGUCAACAAAAUGGUGCAAAUAAAUGUGUCAGAAGUAGGGCAGUUUGGAACAGAGCUUCUGAAACCACAUGUGUCAGAUAUCUUAACAUACCUACAGAAAGCUAUAAAAAGUAUCAAAGGUCACGGUAAAAGGUCACAGACAGCAGGGAAAGAGUUGUCUAUUUUGUCAAGAAUCAGUGAAUUUGUGACUAACCAAUCAGAAUGCCUGGCACUGAUAGAGCUUCUCCUCCCGUUUCUUGGGGAGGGGCUCAGUAGACUACCUGACACUGAGGUCAACAUUCUGACCAGUAUACGGAACCUGGUGGACAAGGUCAAGGACAAGAAAAAGUUCUACAGAUCAUUCUGCCAGCUCUUUGGAUAUAUCCAGAAUCGACAGUCAAGAAUUCUUCUCUGCCAGCUUAUUCAGGUUAUUGCAGAAAGUAAUGAAGAACUGAAAGAGAUAGCACAACUUUUAUCAGAGCUGAAUGCCUGGGACCCUAAACACACGGAGGAGCCAGAUUACAUGAAGAGACUGAAUGCUCACAAGAAAGUUAACGAGGCCAUCAAAGGGAUGGAGGAGGAAUUAAAUGUGGACUUCCUGCUUCCUGUUCUCCAUUCCUGUUGUUACUGCAUCAAAAAUAUAGAUGAUAUGUCACUGAGGGACAAUGCCACCCACACUCUGGUUACCAUGGUGAAACAGUUCAGUCAUGUGACCUAUGACCAGGAGGUUUUCCGAGAUCUGAUUUCUAAUGGACUUAUUCAUGAAGUCAAAGCAGGCUUCAGGAACAAAAAAGAGCAUGUGCGACACGAGUUCAUUGCUGUUCUGUCUGUACUGGUGGAUACAUUCCCGUCACAUGACAUGUUCUCUGACCUUGUGAUUCUCAAGGACAAAGACGUGGAGGCUGAUUUCUUUGAAAAUAUACGACAUAUCCAGACACACAGACGAUCCAGAGCAUUGAAGAAGAUGAACAGGACAUUACAGUCCCGACCUGUUCGUAAAGAGAUCCUGGUCUCUUAUUUACUUCCUCUAACCUCUUCCUUCCUGCUUGACGAGUCUUUUACAAAAGCCCAGGGUCUGCAAGAAAGUGCCAUAGAUGCCAUGGGAGUUCUGUGUAAACAACUACCUUGGCACAUCUACAUAAAUCAGCUGAAGUACUUUCUGUCUUUAUUGUCAAAGAAGUUUGAGAAGAAAAAACUUUUAGUCAGGGUGAUUGUUAAUAUUCUGGAUGCAUUCCACUUUGACCUCAGAAACUCUCAACACUCUGUGAACAAUUUACCAGAUUCUGUUGCAAAGAAGAAAGCUAAAGGAGAAAUAACAGAGGAGCCAAAUCCAUUCGAAAAUGAAGAACAAGAAGCAGAAAACACAGAGGAAACUGUAGAGGCAAUACCCACAGUUCCAGAGGAAACAGACGAAACCAUGGAAACAAACACAGGCUCUCAAACCAGACAGUUUGAUACCAUGGUGUUAUGUUCAGUUGGCCAGGCCACUAAAAUUCACUGUACUAUAAUGAAGUCUGUUAUCCCUAGCUUACAGAGGUGUUUGACAAAGAAGGAGAAGAGUGAAGAUGAACACAAGCUGGCUAGGAAUAAUAUAGCUGAGGACAGUGAAGUACUGAGAGUACCUAUAGCUCUAGCCAUGAUAAAAUUACUACAGAAUCUACCUCACAAAUCACUGGAGCGCAACCUUCCAGGAAUCCUAUUGAAGGUUUGUAAUUUUAUGAGGUCUAGAGCUGUUGACAUCAGACACACUGCUAGGGACACACUGGUGAAGAUUACCACUUCCCUCGGACCAAGAUUCUUCCCAUUCAUUUUGUCAGAACUUAGAGGGACACUGAGGAAAGGAUAUCAGGUCCAUGUGUUGUGCUAUACAGUUCAUGUGCUCCUUAAGAACUUGUUACCUGUACUUAAACCAGGAGAGCUGGAUGUUUGCAGGAAGAGUCUCCAAGAUGUUUUCCAUGAAGAUUUAUUUGGACAAGUGGCUGAGGAGAAGGAGGUGGCAGGAGUUACAAGUAAACUGUUUGAGGCCAGGUCCAUAAAAAGUUACGACUCGUACAAAAUACUGGCUCAAGUCAUCAGUAAAGAAUCCCUCAUGGCAUUCAUCACUCCACUGAAAGAGGUACUAGAUUCUACACACAGCCAUACUAUAGCAAGAAAGGUACAGGAAGUGCUGAAGAAAGUGGUGACAGGAUUACUGGACAACCCAGGACUGGAUACAGAGGCUCUGAUGAUAUUUAUCCACGGAUUAAUCACUCAGUCAUUUCCUCAGCUAUCUGACAAACAGAGUAAGCAGAAGAAAACUGAAGAAAAAGAGACCCAGACCUUCAGACCACCAAGCUGUCUCCUGCUACCAGAGGAACCGAAGCGUGGAGGAGACAAACCCAGACUGAGUAAGAAGACCAACAUCCAUGUCUUGGUGGAGUUUGGUCUCCAGCUCCUGUGUCUGUGUCUGAAGAGGGGCCGCCUGGUGGUGACAGAGGAGAACCACUGUAAAUUAGUGGACCCUUUUAUCACCAUCUUAGUGGACUGUCUGCAUUCUAAGCAUAUCAGGAUUAACACCUUAAGUCUGAGAUGCCUUUGUUGGUUACUGAAAUUCAGAUUACCGUCUGUGGAUGAUAACAUCAGGAAACUGGCCAAUGGAAUGUUUGUUAUUCUGAAGAACUAUGCCUCAGCAGGUGCUUCUAAGGGAGAGAACUUGGAGCUCAUUUCUAUGGCAUUUAAGGCUGUGACAGUAUUGGUUAGAGAUGUGAAGAUUUACAAACUGAAUCAAACACAGCUUCAAGUUCUGUUGACUUUCUGUGAGGAAGAUUUGUAUGACUACAACAGACAGAGCACCGCCUUCUCUCUUCUAAAGGCCAUAUUGUCUAGGAAGUUGAAUGUGCCCGAGGUGUUGGAGUUGAUAAAGAAGGUGGAGGGUAUGUCUAUCACAGCUGACUCUCCCCAUGUCAGGAGGGAAUGUAGACAGAUAGCCCUGCAGUACAUCCUGGAAUAUCCCCUGGGAAAGCUCCUUGAUAAACACCUGGAGUUUUACGUCACACAAUUGUCUUAUGAGAUGGAGAUGGGACGUGAAUCGGCUUUGGAAAUGUUGGCCACCAUAUUUUCUUCAUUUCCUCAGAACAUCUUGAAUGAUCAUGCAGGAAUGUUCUUCAUACCCAUGUCAGCAGCUCUUGUCAAUGAUGAAUCCACAAAGUGUAGAAAACUCACAGCAUUAGCCAUCAAAUCACUUCUACAAAAGAUAGAUCACAAUUCAAGAAAGGAACUCUUAAGCAUUACACAGAGGUGGUUUACGGAUGACAAGGUAUACAAUAUUAAACUGUAAUAUUCCCUCUUACAU